UGGCUGCUACAAGUAGCAAUACUCUUGUUACUUGAAGGUUUGUCUGUUUACAAACAUUAUUUGCGAAAUAUAAUGGCUGGUUUUGAAAGAUUUGUCCAAGUUGGACGUGUUGUUUUGUUAAAAAAUGGACCUCAAAAAGGAACAUUGGCUGCCAUUGUUGAUAUCGUCGACCACAAGAGGGUGAUCGUUGACUGUGCUAACCAAGAAUUUCCUCGUCAAAUCGUUCGCCUUGGUCAAGUUACCCUCACAUCAAUUGUUAUGGAUGUUCCUCGAGGUGCUACUACUGGAAUUGUUGCCAAGAAAUGGCAAGCACAAAACAUUUCUGAGAAGUGGGCUGCUACCGCUUGGGCCAAGAAAUUGGAGACUGUAAAGACUCGUAGCCAACUUGGUGACUUUGAGCGUUUCGCCGUCUUGCGUUACAAAAAGCAACGUCGUAAUCAGGUUCAGCGUGCUCUCGUUAGUGCUUAAACUAAUGUCUUUCAUAUGAUACAAAACGAGACUGACUUUCUGGUGCAGCACUUUUACAUCUGCAUAACGAAAAAGGUAAUAGGGCCGUAGUAGUCAUGGAUCAACGGGUAGGUAAAUAAAUAAAUAAAAAAUGGGUACAUUGAAUAUGUGUAC